AUGCUAUUUUUGUUUACAACUUUAUACAAUUUUUACGUUGAGAGAAAGAAGGCUGAUACAGCGAUCAAAAAAUUUAAAAAGUUUGUUGCGAAGAAGAAUGAACAAAUUCGAAGAGAAGACGCCGGUAUAUUUGAUGGGUCUGUGACUUCAUCAGACUCUUUGGAUGACGACAAUUUAUGGUUUAUUGAGCGCAAGUACAAAGAACUAAAAAAAUGGUUGAACUCGGGAAUUAAAAAAGCCAAGGAUUUUGUCAACAGAAGGAAGCCUAAAAAUAAAAAAGUAAUUGAAAUGCUUCAACUUUUUGGCUUAUUUCUUUUCUUACAAUUUAUUGGAACUAUUUUCUAUAUCGUCUAUGCUAUCAAGUUUCCUGAUAAUACGCCAUUAGUUGGUUUGGUGUCUGGACUAGUUGUAAAUUGUGCACUACCGGUAAUAUUAUGGUCCCGCCAUUUUCGCUGUAUUUUCUAUGUGAUGCUUUCUUCGCUCAUUGGAGGGAGAUUACGCCUUAUUUUAUUAAUAACUAUGGUGGCUUGGGCAUUUGAAUAUCCAGUACAAAACACAACGGCAAAUAUCGAAAAUGUAAUGGAAGGAGUUAAUUGUGUUACACAAAAUGUGAAGGCUGUGGCUAAGGAAAUGAAGGAGAGAGCUGGACACGCAAUUGGUGAAGCUGUUCCAAUGGAUAAAUUACGUGAUUUAAUGACUGCCCAAUCAAUGCCUUUUGAGAAUGUAAAGAAAACGUUAAAAAAAGUUGAUGAAGCUCUCGGGAAAAUGAUGAAAUGGCAAAAAAAUUUAAUUGACAAAAUAAAUGGUUUAAUGAAAAAUUGUUCAGCCCUAGCGCAAAUACCUUUUAAAGCGUGUAUUGGUUGGCUUGAAGAACGUCACAAAGAUUGUUUUAACAGUUAUCCUGAAUUAAUAUGUAAACCAAUUGAAUUAAUUAAAGGAAUUUGUUAUGCUACAAAAAUAUUAGAAAUUCAUUGUACUUGGCCAGGAAAAGUUAAAAGUGCUGUGAAAGAAGGUGUUGGGAAAUUUGUUAAAAAUUCAAAGCAAAGAAUAAUUAAUUAUACAAAAAAUACUUUUUUGUAUAAAUUAUUUAAUAAAACGGUAAAUGGGGGAGGGAUGGGGAAAAGGAAUAGAGGGGGGGAGGGAUGGGUAAUGGGUAGGGACGGUAAUGGGGGGAAUGGAGGAAGAGGAGGGAUUUUUGGGAAGAAUAAUAAGGGGGAAGGGAUGGGUAAUCGGUAGGGAAGGUAAUUGGGAGGAGGGGUAAGGACGGUAAUGGGGGGAGGGGAUUUUUGGGAAGAAUAAUAAGGGGGAAGGGAUGGGUAAUCGGUAGGGAAGGUAAUUGGGAGGAGGGGUAAGGACGGUAAUGGG